AAUGUUGAGCGGGCCAUUACACAAUGAUGCUCAGCGUGACUUACGUAAUGCCCUUUUUUGUGGAGCCGGUCACAUUUAUUAUUGAUAUUUAUAAACCCUAAUACUUGAAUUUGUCCGUCUUUCAGCUAUCAAGAUGGCUACCAGGGUCUCAGUACCGGACUCCAGCAAGGGGGACAAGCUGCAUCACGACCCCUUAGAACACUGCCCGAUCUGCCUCAAGCGGUUUACUGAUCCUAAGAUGUUGGACUGCCUCCAUAGCUACUGUCUGAAAUGUCUGGAAGAACUCCUUCCGAACAAGCACCGCGAUGCAGUUAACGUCCAGUGUCCGGUUUGCAAGCAGAAUACGUUCCUGCCGGAGCAAGGUGUUAAUGGCCUGGUCAGUUGCUCAUCGUUGGCUUCCCUGAUUCUGGUCGACGACGAGGUCGCUCAUAGGUCAAAGGUUAUAUGCGAAGCCUGCGACCUGGGUCAGGAGGCGGUGUCGCGGUGCGUGGACUGCGAGGAUUACCUGUGCAAGGAUUGUCAGGAAGCUCAUCAACGGAUGUUGAAGAUGCGAUCUCAUGAUGUUGUGGCUUUGGAGGAUCUUCCCAAGUGCGGUAAUCACGACGGCCAGGAGUUGUGUUUCUUCUGUGAGACGUGCCAGGUGCUGAUCUGUGGCGCGUGCACCGUCGUCGCUCACAGUCAGCCAGAGCAUAAGUACGUCGGCCUGGAGGAAGCCGAUCAUUCCUUCCGGGAGCAAGUUGAUGCGGAGUUCGCCAAGGUGGACCUCGUGCAUCGGGAGCAGAAGGCGGCUAAAAUUUCCUCACAGCACUCCCGGGACAGACUGGAAACAAUGAUCGCAGAGGCCAGGCAGAAAGUUUCUGAGAAGGCUAACGAGUACCACGCGUACGUUCAACAACAGGAGAAGGUCCUCCAGGAGAGAAUUGACCAAGUCAAACACAAGAGGGCAGUAGAGAUAGACAUCUCGCUGACCAAUCAAAACCAGACUCUUGCCAACACGGAGAGGAGAUUGGAUACGGUAAGGUCCUUUGUGGCAAAAGCUAGUCCUUGCGAGCUGCUGGCUAAAAAGCAGACGAUACUGAAUGGGAUUCAUGGCGUUAAGGCUGUACAUUUUCAAGACCACGGUCUCCUACAUGGACUGUCGUACCUCAACUUCAAGCCUGGUAGUGCCCCAACCAUGGAACCCCUUGGAACUCUGCUCCUAGAGGAACGAUGGAAGCUGGUCAAAGAGUUCAGCAACUUCAAGAUGGCCAGAGGAGUGGCGGCAAACUCUAAAGGGCACAUCGCGGUGGUCGAUUCCGAGAGGAACUUCCUCAUCAUCAUCACGGAUCCCAAGGGAAGAGAGCAACGCAGAAACUCCGCCGGGGUGCAAAUGGAGAAGCUACGGAAGCCGUUCAGUGUCUGCAUCAAUACCCUAGAUCAGCUUGUCGUCAUCGACAGUCCAAAGGUGAUGGUCUUGGACAAGGAUUUGAAGUACCUCUUCCAGUUCACGCCGUCUCGCGAUGACAAGGAAGAAGAAUCCAAAACAUUGCUCUCAGCACUUGCAGUGGAUCAAGACAACCAAAUCGCAGUCGGUGAUCGUGGUCGCGGAGUGAUAACCCUCCACAAACCAGACGGAGCUCUCAUACACACGAUCCCCUCCCCGACAGUCGAAAAUCAACUUGCCGUGAAUCUUCCUCCGAAUCGUUCCUUAAUCUACAGCAGCUACGAAGACAACCGACUGACGUCCAUUGACUACGAGGGUAACCCCAUCUUUUCGGUGGACACACUCGCCAGAGCGAAGUUUCGGAAUCCGACCGGUAUAUGCUGCAGUCCCACAGGUGACAUCUUUGUAGCAGGGCACUUGGAUGUCAAGGAGCAAUCGGGGAUCUACUACUUCAACCCUGUUGGGGAGUACCUUGGCUGCUUAGCGCUUGGUCUGUGUAACCCGCUAAGCAUGGCACUGACACCUGCUGGAGAACUGGCUGUUGCUGAUAAGCUCACAGUGAAAGUAUAUCACCGUGUUUAAACAAGAAUAAUAGAUAUACAGGACCUGAACAUACAGAAUGGGUCAAAAGAUCCAAAGGCAAACUUUAGAUACAAGUUCUUAAACAGGCUUUUCAUGAGGUGUUUUCCUCUUUCAAUGAUACAUGCACAUGCACAGCGUACCUGUACUUUGA